UAUCUCCUUCUUCCUCGCCUCCACAUGCACACACAUCUUACUUCUUUAAUAGCUGGGAAGGACCAAGCGACCUGCAACGAAGGCCACUCGCAGCCAUGGCAGCGACCUCCUGUGUUGCAGGCUUGGGAUCUCCUCUCUCCCUCGCACGCCCUUCGUCAAAGCCUUCCCUUGCCUCCGGUUUCAUCGGGACUCGGGGGGCCGCAAGGAACCCUCUGAAGCUGAAGCUCGCUUCGGGUGGAAGGUUCACCUGCUUCGAGAGGAAUUGGCUGCGCACCGACCUCAACGUGAUCGGGUUCGGUUUGAUCGGGUGGCUCGCGCCGUCGAGCAUUCCGGCGAUCGGUGGGAAGAGCUUGACGGGGCUCUUCUUCGAGAGCAUCGGCACUGAGCUGGCUCACUGGCCGACAGGCCCAGCUCUCACAUCGCAGUUCUGGCUGUGGAUGGUCACAUGGCACCUGGGGCUGUUCCUUUGCCUCACCUUCGGCCAGAUUGGCUUCAAAGGCAGGACCGAGGACUACUUCCCAUAGAAAGAUCUUGUAGACUCGGUGGUGGUUCCUCUCUUUGUAUAUGAGACUUGUUUCUCUCUUCUUCCUCUCCUCUUCUUCUUCUUCUUCUUCUUCCUCAGUUAUGCCAUCUCUGAUAUGUUGAGAUGUAAGGAGAUACAAAUGGACUGAAUGCAUACCACAGAUGAGAAGGGCAUCAAAUCUAAAACAGGUGUUGUGAGGUGUUAUUUUCCACCAGUAUGUGUGUAUCUCUUGGCCUAUGAUAAUUAGAUUAUUGGUUCCAAGA